CACGCAUGCGCACCAGGGAAUAUCCCAUCGUGCCCCUGUGGCGGGAGGUGCAGAAGUGAAAGUGAAGAUUCCUGUAUUUUCCGAAGAUUUUUUCGACCCAAACCAUGGCGGAUGGCGGGGAGAACGGCGCGAUCAGCGAGGCGGAGGCGGCCCUGUACGACCGGCAGAUCCGGCUGUGGGGGCUGGACGCGCAGAGAAGGCUGCGAGCGUCGUCUGUCCUGAUCGCGGGGCUGAAGGGGCUCGGUGCGGAGGUCGCCAAGAAUAUCGUGCUGUCCGGGGUCAAGGCUGUCACCUUACUGGACCACCAGCAGGUGACAGAAGAAGACUUCAGCUCCCAGUUCCUGGUGUCUCGGGCUGAUCUGGGCAAAAACAGGGCAGAGGCCUCCCAGGAGAGAACCCAGAACCUGAACCCUAAUGUCAAGGUCACGGCCGACACUGAGGAUGUCAAGGACAAACCCAACGAGUUCUUCACCAAGUUCAACGUCGUCUGCCUGACCUGCUGUUCCCAGCAGACCCUGCGGCGGGUCGGCCAUGUUUGCCAUGACAACGGGGUGAAGUUCUACGCGGGGAACGUGCACGGGUACUGCGGGUACAUGUUUGCUGACCUCGGGGAGCACGACUAUGUCGAAGAAAAACCAAAGAUUGUCAAAGCAGACAAAGAGAAGGGGGAGGAAGACAAAGAGGGACCCGCUGGUAAGAAGGCUAAAGUAGACACAACUGAGACAGUGAUGGUCAAAAAGACUGCCUCCUACUGUCGGUGGCAGGAGAGUCAGACUGUAGACUGGACAUCAGACGCCAGCAGUAAGGCUAUGAAGAGAACACCUCAGAUGUACUUCAUCAUGAAGGUCCUGCUGAGAUUUCGGGAGGACCAUGGCAGAGACCCGGCCGUCAGCAGCAGGGAGGAGGACAAGGUUGCGUUGCUACGGUUACGGGAUGACGUCCUGACGGAGAUGAAGCUGAAAACAGACCUGGUUGGUGAUGAGUUUGCAAGCCAGUGUUUUGCAGCUCUGAGUCCUGUAUGUGCAGUGGUGGGAGGUGUGCUCGCUCAGGAAAUUGUCAAGGCUGUUUCGGGUAAAGACGCGCCACUGAACAACUUCUUCUUCUUCAACGGGACCGACGACAGUGGCAUGGUGGACUGCAUCGGGAAGAGCUAGGGGAUGCAGUACUGGUAAACACAGCAAGGGGGCACUUCUGUUAGGCACUUGUAUCAUGUGCCCUGUCCAAGUAUACUGUUUGUUGUGUUUCCAUGUUCCUGUCUCCUGUUCUGUUAUGUUUAGGAUGUUAAGGACAAGGACAGGUUAUUGGGUAGAGAUUACCAAAGCGUUCUCAUGUUGUAAGCCAGUGUAUUGUACCUGUCUAGUGUUUGUGUAUCAGAUUACUCUAUCUUGUAUCGGAUUACUCUAUCCCCAUUGAUAGUUCUCCUUGUGUCCAGUUCUGGUUCAGUAGAGGGGGACAAGGUUAUACAAAUUACUGUGUUUUGUUGUCCGAUGAAGCAGAAACGUGCAGGCGGUGAAAGUUUUGUUCUGUCCUGCUGUAAGCAGCAGCUUGUGGAUGGGUCCUGAAAUCCGUAUGAAGUUCAUGUGAAUGUUUGCCAUUGAUAGAUAACACACACUGACAACUUAUACUUAUCCCACAUAAGUUGGAUUAGCUUGGUGAAAAGGGAAUUUACAGAAAGUAUGUGGUAAAAACAUUGGUUUCCUUAAGUAUGCUUUCAUGCAAGAUGACGUUAUGUCCUGAAGUUGGUCUAAAGUACAUGUGAACUCAUUGAUAGACUGACAAUGCAUACUGAUCUCAUAUAAGUUGGCUUUGCUUGGUGAAAUUUACAGAAAGUAUGUGGUAAAAGACAUUGGUUUCCUUUUACUCAGUUUUGUUGUUUAAAACUGAUUGACAAGCAAACAAACUGUCCUUUACAAAAUGACUGGUCGGCAUUGAUGACCAUUUGAUGACUGUAAGAAAUGCUUUCACUCAAGAUAACAUAAAUUUCUCAUGGCAGUUAUUUGUAACCACUGACUGGCAGUAUGGAAAUGGUUGCUCCAUUGUUAAAUGGUAAGGUAAUACUCAGGAUAGUCCUUAUAGUAUACAGCUUGACCUACAUCCAUGUAGACAAGUGGGUUCCAAGAACAGUUUCUAUUAUUUCUCCAGUGACAUGCCCAGCCUGGUAGAGGCUAGACAAGUGUGUUCCCAGAAGGGCUGGGGAAAGUGUUCAAGAGCAGGACUGGUAAUGGUUACAGCAGGGCUACAGGUGGUGGUGGGAACAGUCCAACCCUUAGGUGGUAGGGAGGACCAACCCUGGGAUCCAGAUAUAUUUCUUUCUACCUACCCACAAUCAUAUUAUGAUUCAAAUUACAACUGUUUAUAGAUAUUUUUUUCUGCAAUCUUCAAUUUUGUAAAUAAAAUUUCAGGGGUACAAAAUAUAUUUUGAGCCCAGGGACCUACAGAUAGUUUAACACUCUGUAAGCCUUCUUUGUCAGACGGUCGGUUUGUUGUAUUAGAUGUGUUACUGUCCUACUACUGCUGUCCCAUUGCACAUUACCACAACUGCUGUUUGACUUUGAGCUGUUGUGCUUAUGUUAGCCUCAUACAGACACCAGCUGUACAGGUGCAUCAUUUAUAGAUUAUACAUAGUUCUUUGAGGUCCUAAGGAUGUGCAUUAUGUUUGAUAACUUUCUUUCGUGUAUCAUAUUUGUCAGUAAUCUUUGAGUAUGUAGGAAUCGGGACUUGUCUCACAAUGAAAAGUGCAAAGUAGGACCAGUCAGUAUUGCCCUAAAGGAAGGUGAGAAACGUCGACUAGGUGUUAAAUCUUUGGUUGCAAAAAACUUUGUUCUCCAGUGAUUUACCAACCUGAUGAAACCUGUACACGGAAAAUAUGUCCAGUCUACGAUAUCGUAAUUACACCAAAGUAUGAUAUUUCAGCCAGGGAUUCAAAUCCAGUUUCUACUUUUUACAAUAAAGUUUCUCCCAGGUGAACAGUGAA